GAAUCCUCCAAGAUGAGCCUGACUGAGGGAUCUGGUGAAUCCAGGAGAGACCUUCCCAACAAAUCACUUCUGCUGGCUGCCUGUGCGGCUUGCAUAGGGGGAACCUUUCAGUAUGGAUAUAACAUAUCUGUCAUCAAUGCACCCACAGUGUAUGUGCAUAAUUUUAUCAACCAAACCUGGAGGGAGCGUUACCAAACUGGUAUCUCAGAAGAUGUUCUCACCCUGCUUUGGUCCACUAUUGUGUCUAUAUUCACCUUAGGAGGAUUAAUAGGAGCAACGAUCGGUGGGACAUUGUCUGUGAAGCUGGGGAGGAAAGGGACACUGAUGAUCAAUAACACAUUUGCAUUAGUGGCUGCUCUGCUGAUGGGUCUGAGUUACCCUACAGGAUUAUUUGAAUUACUCAUAAUUGGACGUUUUUUCACUGGACUAAAUGCAGGCAUUGGCAUUUGCGUUCAACCUCUGUAUUUGGGGGAAAUAGCUCCAACUGCAUUUCGUGGCACCAUGGGAAUGGGAACCUCAGUUUUCAUCACUGGUGGGAUUUUGACUGGACAAGUGAUGGGCCUCAAAGAGCUCCUGGGCAGGGACGAGUACUGGCCCAUCCUGCUCUCCACCACGUGUAUCCCAGCGAUCCUACAGCUCCUGAUCCUGCCCUGGUUCCCAGAGAGCCCCCGCUACCUGCUAAUUGACAGAGGUGACGAGGAGGGGUGCAAGAAAGCCCUGAAGCAACUGUACGGUGUGGAAAACUGUGAUGGUCAACAGGAGGAUAUCCAGAGGGAGAAGAAUAAUUUAGCAGGUUUCCAGGCCAAGAAACCCUGGGAGCUCUUUGCCGAUCGCAGUGUGCGCUGGCAGCUUCUCACUGUCAUACUGCUCAACAUUGCACAACAGCUGAACGGCAUCAAUGCUAUUUACUUCUACGCAGAUUACGUGUUCAAACAAUCUGGUAUUCCUGAUGAUAAAAUACCAUAUGUGACUGUUGGCACCGGCGCCUGUGAAUGCAUCACUGCUUUAACAUGUGGUAUGCUCAUUGAAUGCCUGGGAAGGAAAGUGCUCAUCACAGGAGGAUACACACUGAUGAGUAUCUGUUGCAUAUUAUUCACGCUGACGCUCAGUUUUCAGGAUGUCAGCCCAUUUUUUCCGUACUUGAGCAUGGCGUGUGUUUUUGCUUUUAUCCUGAGUUUUGGCUUAGGACCAGGUGGCGUGACUAACAUCUUGAACACUGAACUCUUCACACAAACCACACGUCCUGCAGCGUACAUGAUCGCAGGGUCUGUGAACUGGUUAAGCUUCUUCUUCAUCGGCCUGGUCUUUCCUUUCAUUGUGAUCGGACUUCAGCAGUACUGUUUCCUGGUGUUCUUGGCCAUCUGCUGCUCAGUGGCUGUGUACAUCUGCCUUUUUGUUCCUGAAACCAAGAACAAAACCUUCCUCGAAAUCCAGAAUGAUUUCCAGUCCGCCAGCAACAGAAGGAGUGCUGACGGUCCUGCAGCAACGCUAUCAUCAACUGCUAUAUGAAAUGAAACAUGAAAUGUAACCCAUGACCCAUGACACAUUUAUGUCACAAAAAUUUGUAGUUUCCAUGAAUAUUUAUGAUCC